GUCCAGAAUGUGCCCGACACAUGCUGCUGAAUCGCCGUUAAAGUGAACGCAUAAAAUGCUACGUGCCACAAAGUAGGUGUCAACUUGAAAAAGCCCGGCUGGUUAGCGAGGGUAGCCGCUGAUGAUGAACUGUUGUGCAUUGUCAGACAAUCAGCUAGUGUUACUUCGGCUCCGUUAGCCGCCUCGCUGUCACUGACAUCACCCCGUGCGAUGACGACAUGAUAUGCCUGCAUAACUUUUUAUCUGCCGGACAUUUAAUUGCUUCAGUUUUUCUACUAUGGACGGCGAACGCAGCAAUUGCAGGCCCCUGGUUGGAGACAAUAGCAAGCUAACCCAGCUAGCAGGCUGUCGUGGCUGCUAAGCUUGCUAAAAGCUGUCCUGUCUGGUGCGUGUGUGGACUCGCACUGAAAAACGUCGAGGUGCCUGAGUCAUGGAUCAGGAGGAUCUAAUAGACCAAAUCACUGCAGCUUGUAGCCAACAAUUGAUCCACAACCAAGACCUGACUGCCCAAGACCCAGCAGCUCAGCAUCCCACCGCUGACAUCAUGUCUUCACAGUCCAAAUGGGUGAGCGGCAGCACUGAAGACCUGGCCAUAACUGAAAAUGGCACCUGUGAAGUUGAGACUAUGGUUGCACUACACUGUCCUGGCGCCAUAGGAGAUGCUGCCGCUGAGGGCGACCACCUUUCUCUGAGCAACGACGGCAUGUCAGAGUUUUCCAACAGUGAUCUCUCGCUCCCCGAGGUCUGCAUCUCCACCAACAGCAAUAGCUUCGAGGAGGAUAUGAACUAUGAGGUCCAGCAAGCUUAUAGGAUAUUCACUGGCUUUCUCUUGGACAAGCACAAAGGGAUCACCAGCCCAUUCCUCCAUCCCAUCGGCCACCAGGAGGCCCAGCACGGCAUCGGAGGAGUCAAGGGCCGGGGUCAGUCACAGCUCAGGCAGUCGAUGUGCUUGCGGAGAAUGGAGGAGAAGUUUAUCAGCCAGCAGUAUGAGACCAUAACGGAGUUUGUUGCAGACUUCAGGCUCAUGUUGGAGAACUGUUAUCGCUACCAUGGGGUGGACCACUGGAUCUCCAAACAGGCUCAAAAGCUGGAAAUCAUGCUGGAGCAGAAGCUUACGUUGCUGUCUAGGACACUGCGAGAGAAGACUACCUUGGCAGUGACUUCUAAAGGACGCUUUGGGGCAGAGGAGGAACGGACCUCAGGAGGAACCUCCACCAGGAGGAGACUGGCACCUCGUAGCCUUGCUACCAUCACUGUUGGUGGGCAUGAGUCUGUCAUGGUACAGGCGCUACGGCUGGAAGAGCAGCAGAGAGCCAAGGAGGAGAAGAGGCAACGUGAGCUUGAGAAAAAAGAGGCAGAAGAAAUGUCAGCCAAAGAGGUAGAAGAGUGGGAGCAGACUUUGCUGUCACAGGCCUCCCCUCAGACCGUGGACACCCUUUGGGAACUCCCUGCUAUAGGACACUUUCUCUGCCUGGCUCAGACUGCUCUUAACCUUCCCGAGAUUGUAUUUUUUGAGCUGGAGCGAUGUUUGCUGAUGCCCCGCUGCAGCCUGCUGCUCUCCAAAAUCAUGUCUUCCCUAUUGUCCCCCCCACAGCGGAGGGCCACUCUGCACCGUCGGCCUGCCCUGGGUUACCGCCGCUGGGAGUCAGAGCUAAGGCAGCGUGUCGUGGGCUGGUAUCGAGCUGUUGGUGCCUCCCGUGAUCAGGCAGGGCGGGCUGAACAGCUGGGACUUUGCCAUCAGUUUUUCAGCACCCUGGGGGAAGUGAGUCCUUUGGAGGAGAAACCCUUUCACUUGCUGCCCUUCUACCAGCGAGUGUGGCUUCUGAAGGGGUUGUGUGAUCAUGUGUAUGAGACACAGAAGGAUGUACAGGAUGCUGUGCUGGCCCAGCCCAUCCAUGAAUGUAGGGAGUCUAUUUUGGGCUAUGACAGCAAAGAGAAUGCCUACAUACAUUUCCCACAUUUCUGUGGGGCAGACCUGAGGAUCUAUUGCCAGAGCCCCAGCACACCCCCGGCAUUCCCUUUUCCUUCUGUGUGGGUGAAAGGGGUUGAAAUAGAGCCAGAGACAGAGGGUGAGGAGUCGGAUGGACUGAAAGAUGAGAGGGACAAAAACGACACAGAGUGUUACGGCGUCCCCAUGGACACCGGAGAGUCUGGCGAUUUUGGUAAACGGAGAACAGAGACUUUUGGGAUUUUCAAAAAGGAAAAUGGGAGUGGAGAGGAAGAUAAAAAGUUUAAAUCGUGGUCACUGAUGAAGGAGGAUGUGUCUGAAUCAGGGUCCUCUGAUGGAGACUCCUGUGAAGACUCUAAAUUGAACUUAAAACUACACACUAACUCCUUAUCCCUCACACACAUUAGUCCUAUUGGAAGAGGUGGUGGUGUGAAAAUGAAUCUGAAGGAGGAGGCCUUAGAUGUGGAGCAUCAAUCCAAGAGACUCACAAUAAAGCAGGAGGAUAGCUUCUCUUUGGGUUCAGUGCGCACCAUUAAAGCAGAAACACAGGACCCCUGUUUGAAUGUAGGGGAGCACAGCUACACGGGCAGGUCCCCUGCUCGCUCAGCGAAUCCCCCCUCCCCAACCAAACCUUUGGGGCUCAAAGUGGAGGGAGUAAGUUCCAGUCAAGGACACCAAAGACCUUCCUGUUUGGAAUGUUGCAAAAGCAAAACUAGCGAUGCUAAAACUGAGGAGCACGACUGCUGCUGUGGUACAUCAGGGCUAGCCGCACAGUUGUCUUCUGAGAGCACUCAAAACUCGAGUGAGGAGAGGAUGAAUGACAAAAUCUGGACUAAGAAAAAAAAGCGGAAGAAAAAGCGAGGGAGGGAACAGCUGCUGAGGGUGAAAGGAGAGCACAAGCAGCUGCAGCAUGUGGACAGGAUGAGACUGUCCACAGCUGAGGCUUCCAAGUCAGCAGUGCGGAAGGUUACCACAACAAUCAAGAGAAAAGACAAGAAGAAAAAGCAUAAAACAGGAAAAAAGGCUGAAUCCUCAAAGAAAGUUAAAGACGAACUUCCAGUUGAGCCAUCAUUUAAGUUGGUAUGCACCAGUCUUGAGGAACUGCGUGAGCUGAUCAGUAAGACGGAAGACGAACUUGAUGACCUGGAGAGCACAAAAAAGAGAUUGGGUCGGUGGUAUUAUAGAAGGGAAGCAGUGAAAGACCUUCAUAGCACUCUAAUCAGACUACUGAAUGAGCUUUCACCCUGGGAGCCCAAACUUGUUAAGGCCUACCAAAGGAACAGGCUUCGUUUGAAGAAGGAGUUUGAUGAUUUCAAGAUGCACCCAGAGUACAACAACUUUGUGCGUGAGGAGUGUAAUUCGUCAUCAUCAGAUGAUGACGACGAAGAGAAGGAUUUAGGGAAAGAGGCGUGUUCACUCUCUGAUCAUUACGGAAGAUCAGAAGAGGAAGACCUGGAGCACAUGGUUCCCAGAGGCCUUUGGAGUGGAGCAAACACCAGGGAGUUUGUGGCUGAGUCUGCUGGAGAAAAAACGGUGACCUGCGUACCUCCAAACCACCUGAAACACCCUCUGGCCAGCACAGAGAAAGGCGUCAGUCUGCUCCCAAGAGUUCACGCUGUCAGCAGUAACAUUACUUCUGGCGACUUGAGGCUACAAUCUAAAUCUGAACUGAUCCCAACAAACCAAUCCAGGGAUUCGGCAUGGGCAGCGAGGGUGCCAGCCCAAACUCCAGUGUCACCCAGAUCCCCCAUCCUCCACCCAACCAGUGGACUACCUAAGGGCUACACGCCCAUCCCCACCCUGCUGGCUAAGAGUGUGGGAAACAAAGUGACCUUAAUGAAACGACCUGCUGAUUGCCUAGGUGUUUACAAUGUAGAUGGACAGCGCAAAGGGCCUUUGGUCUCCAUGCCUGCCUCUGCAGUGGCUAACACAAAACUUUCAAAAGCACAAAAUUCUCCAUCCAGUUCCCAGCAGAAUUCGCAACAGACGCAGGCACAAGGACCAAAGCAGACGUAUGCACUUGGGCAGCCAGGAACGGCCACUGUGACGGCAGCUCUUCCUAAAUCACCACAGGCCAAACCAACCCAGGCAGUACCAAAAAAUCCUGUCCAAGUGGUGUAUAAGGUACCUGAGGGACUGGGUCAUCUUGUCAGGAAAGAUAGCAGCAGCAGCAGCAGCAGUCCAAUCAAGAUCUCUGUUCAACCUGUUGUGGACCAGAACACUGGGGAGAAGAUCAUGCAGCAAGUGGUAAUUCUGCCUUCUAAUCUUCUCAUUCACAAAACUGAAGCGAAGGCGCCCUCUUUACACCAACAACAGGCCAAGGGCAGCCAGGUCGCAGUCUCUAAAGUGGCCAGUCCUUUAUGUAUGUCCACCGAUGUGCCUGGGUUCAGCAUUCCUGAAAACAGAAUCCCCGUUCAGCAAGUGGCUCCCCUAAAAGAUGCAAGGACAGUGAGAACUCCUUCUCCUUCUGUUUCCCCUCGCCUGCAACAAGGGUCCCUAAACACAGCAGAGUCUAAAGGGGCACAAGUAUGUAGUGUCCAAGCUAGCACUUCCCAAGGUGUCGCACCAAACCCUUCACCCAUCACAACUCAUUCCAGUGCAGUUUCUACUGACCCUGUUAAAACUACAGACUCUAAACAGGAGCUAAAGACUGUGUGUAUUCGUGACUCUCAGUCAAUCCUGGUAACAACUAGAGGAGGCAACACAGGUAUUGUCAAAGUCCAGACGUCCUCAGACCAGAAUGCACUGGGGUCUUUCCCUACCAGUCCAGUCAUCACCAUCUCACCUCAGUUUAAAGCCUUCCUCGUAUCCAAGACGUCACAGACUCUUUCUACGACUUCUUCUCAGACUUCCCCUUCCGCUGUCCCAGCAAUGACAAGUAUCUCUGUAGCCCAACCCCAGAAGAAGGUUCCGUCAGUAUUAAAGCCCCCUUCCCCUAUCACAAAUCCCAUGCUCACUGCAGUCACCGGUAGCAUCGCCGUAACAGGCCCAGGAAGCCAGACUGCAGCCACUACUGCUACUUUAAGUCACGACUCCAAUACCUCAGCCGGUUCUACAGUUGCAACAAAGAUUUCCCAGCUAGCACCGACAGCUGCUGCUGGUUCUCAUUUUCAAGCCUCAGUAGUAAAAAACACUGUUGUCCUCCCAUCGCUCAGUAGUUCUGGUGUUCCCCAACUGCUCACACAAGAUUUCAUGAACAAGACUGGUGUCAAACGAGCCAGUACAGAUGAGAGAUCCCAAGUGACUAAAUUCAUCCUGGUGAGUCCACCUUCUUCCUCUGCCUUAGCCAAAGGCACACCCUCUCCCACCAAGUCAGUUCCCAGUUCCAGAGUCAUGUUCAUCAGUCAGCCCACAGCGACAUCGUCCACCACCUUCAUGGGAAGCAUUCCAAAGCAGGCGAUGGCAACGGGCGCCGGUGGACAGGCGCCGACCACCUCGUUAUCGAGUCAGACUGUGAAGAUGGGAUUAAGCCCAGGCCAGACUGUUGGCAGUGUCAGCUCAGAGGUGUUGUCCAAGGCCAAAAACAUCACUCUGCCCUCAGGGGUUCAAAUCCAGUUGUCAGGGAAGACGACAACUAUUGGACAGACUAUUGGUGCCCUGUCACAUUCUCCUUCUAAGGGCACACCAGUGUCAGUCGCAAGUCCGUGCUAUCCAACAGCCUCCACCACUGGACUGGACCCAGUAACGAGUUCGAUUACCACCACGACUUGCUCUCAUCAGCUUUUCUCUCACGGUUCUCUGACCACUAACUCCCAGGUCCCGGGUAUUCCUUCCUUCUCCACGUUCUCCCAAACAAGCUGUUCCACAUCUACUGCUGCCGCUCUGCCCGCAGGCAACAUGAUAAAGAAGGACCUUGUGAUGCCUGCAAGUAUAUUGUCCAACAGCUCUCCUGCUCAGGUAACAACAACCAUGGAGAGCAGCCCAGCCCAAACCUCUACACCCACUCUUGAUCGCCAGCCCUCAUUCGUCCGAAGUGGCACUGGUGAGGAAAUGACUCCCCUCUUAUCUUCCUCUCAACUUGCUCGCAAUAAAACCCAAACCCCCCUCUCCUCUGCACCAACCACCUGCAUCCCAUUCACCACCUCUGCUACUGGCACAAUCCAGCAGAGAAUAGUCAUCAACACCUCUACGCCCCUUGCUGCUGGCACACAGAUCCUCCUUAACAAUGCACGCUUUGUAGUCCCUCCCCAAGGUUUGGGUCCAGGCAGCCACGUCCUUAUCAUCUCUAGCCCUGCACCACAACAAGUGCCUACUGCCAGUGCGACCAGCAUUGGAGCAUCAGUACCUCCCCAAGGGGCAAGCCAUGCCACUGUAGCCCCUCGGGCACCAGUUUUACCCCAACCCCCAGCCAGGCUGCCUGGUGUGCCAGCCAUAAGUUCCCCUUUUGUAGCAUGCACUCCUGCCGUUCGUCCGUCUUUGCUAGCAACCACCCCCAACGUUACGCCAGUCAGACUAGCAGGAACACCUGGCCUGGGUUCAACGUUGCUACCCAGUAAAACAAAUGUAGUGUCAGCUCUUCCUAGGUUACCAACCGCACAGACUGGUAACUUUGCAGUACCACCUGUAGGUACAUCCUCUCUGGUCUCAUCACCACCGAGGUUAGGCAGUGUACCAGCCUUAGUUUCCCCAGUGGCAACCAGUGCCCCUCCUCUCAGUUCAGCACUGGCUACAAUCAGGUUAGCUGCUGGUACACCCAUGCAAGCUGAAUGUUCAUCCACCAUUUCGCCUGCAGUAGCAUCCCCCUUGCCCAGAUUUUCAGGACCUCUAUCAUCCUUACCUGUAUUACCCGGACCAUCAGCCGUUGCCCUGCCCAACCCUGUCAUACCAGUUCCUGCCCCCCUCUCCUCAUCUGCAGCUCCUGUAGUAGCAGACACACCAGCUUUGCAUUGUUCUCUUCCCGCCCAGCAUGUGGUUGCAGUGACAACCCUGGGCCCAGGCAUACAACCCCAGCAGACAGCAGUAAGGAUUGCAGCACCCUCCAUUGCUCAAGCACAGGCUUUAGUGCACACAGGACUUGGCAACACAUCAAUCAAAAAACAGGUUCCAGUCCUGCAACCAGUGCUCGCUGGCACACGGACACAAGUAUUGCCAACAGUGGCUGUCCCACCGAUUGUAAGUGCAGUGUCGAGGAUGCAGACACUGCCCAUUGCUACUGUUCCACCGAUCGGAAGCACUGUCAGCACCUUUGAAACAGCACCUGUGGGGACUGCGCCUCCAUCCAGCAGCACUGUAAUUAUUACCCCGGCUCAACCAAUCGCAUCACUGAAGGCAAACAACGCCAUCCACCCACCUGCCGUACUGACCAAUCAAGCACUUGGAAAGCACUCUCUGCAGACCUCAGCAUUGGGUCUGCACACCAAUAUAACAUCCAAGCUGCUCAUUAGUCCUGAUGGUGCUGUUUUGAGCACUGUUCAGUGCCAGGCAAAUCCAGCAGAGCUUACUGCCUGCCCCAAACCUCUGGAUGCACUGGUGAUUUCUACCAACAGUUCUACUGGAGCACUACAAACACAUGAUUCCUCUUUACAGCCUUCACAGACGGACACAAAGUGAACCAAUUAACCAAGACUGUGCUAGCUGCGUGAGGGCUUAGACACCACUUUUCAGCAUCUUAGUUUUGGCAGGGCUCAUAUCUGUUGCUUGUAGUAAUUCUGGGGUUAGUUUAAAAAAAAAAAACUCCUUUUCCAGCUAUAGUUUGAAUCAUAACUUACAUUUAGGAUGCAGUAGGUUUUACCCUCUGGUUAGAGCAUCUUACAUGUAAACUCUCAAUCAAACAUAGUGAAAAUGUAUACUGUGAUGGUUUUCUCGAGUGGAAACUACUGAGGUUCCCCCUCAGAUGAAUGUUAUAGACUCUUGACUUUCCUUAAUUUACUUCAUGGCCAGUAUUUACAACUGUUACACCAAGUCAGUAAGACAGGAGGGUAGAUAAAAUAGAUUUCAAGUCAAGCUUUUGCAGUUGAUCUUUUCAAUACCAUUAGAUAUUGCUCGAAGAAGUAUUAAUUGGUUUACUAUUCAUAAAUACAACUUGCUCUACUUUUUCUGUCAGAAAAAAAAUGACAACCAUCUGCAUCCACGCUGUCAUGUCCUCUUUUCAACUAUUAACUGUUUGAAAACUACAUUUUACGUUUUAGAACUAUAAACUAAUAGGUGGAUUUGUACUACAUGUUUGAGCCCAUAUAAAUGUUUUGAAGUCACAUUUAUUUAUUUUUACCAUAUAGAUUUUUCAAAAAAUAUUUACUAGGUACAUUUUCAUUGAAUAAUUGUGGACGUUACUGCAUGGAAAUAAACAAUGCGACUGUCCCGAA